CCAACUUCUCUGUAUCUUCCCCCCCGAAUUAAGCCAAGAUCUGAAAAACAACUCCCUCUCUGUUUCCUAGUUACUUUUUUCUUUCAAUCAAUCAGUCUCAAGGAAAAAUGGGCUCUAAAACUAGAGGCUGCGGCCAAAGCGAAGAGGAGAUGGAGGACUUCAGGCGAGGUCCCUGGACUGUCGAAGAAGACCUGAAGCUCAUCAAUCACAUUACUAUUUAUGGUGAAGGUCGCUGGAAUUCCCUCGCUCGUUGCGCAGAUCUUAAACGGACAGGGAAGAGCUGCAGAUUACGCUGGCUGAAUUAUCUCCGCCCUGAUGUUCGAAGGGGAAACAUCACCCUUGAAGAACAACUCCUGAUUCUCGAUCUCCAUUCUCGUUGGGGAAACCGAUGGUCGAAGAUCGCACAGCACUUACCGGGGAGAACGGACAAUGAGAUCAAGAACUACUGGAGAACCCGAGUCCAAAAGCAUGCGAAGCAGCUUAAAUGCGAUGUGAACAGCAAGCAAUUCAAGGACGCCAUUCGAUACCUCUGGAUACCGAGGUUGGUGGAAAGGAUUCAAGCGGCGAACGCUACGUCCGCCAUCACCGCCUCUGCCUCCACCUCCCCCUCCGCCAACGUGAGUACCGACCACCAGUUGUUCAACAACUUUCACGAGGUGGGGUCUGGCCAAAUGGUGUUUCCAGAUGACUUUGGCGGUGCCCAAGUAACUCCGAGUUACACAUCGGAGAACUCUAGCACGGCCUCAGACUCGUUUGGUACACAGGUGUCUCCUAUGUCGGAGAUAACUGAUUAUUACAGUGUUCCGGUUAAUAACAGCGCAAAUCCAGAUUAUUACCAGCCGGAUCAAGUCAGUUACUCCGAAUCCUUAAUCAGUCCGUCGGGUUAUUACAACAAUGGACUGGAUUUCCAAUCCAUGGAACAGAACACUUGGUUGGACGGCACCGGCGGUGAUGCAUCGUACAAUUUAUGGAAUGUUGAGGAUUUCUUGUUCCUACAGCAACAGAUCAACAACAACACCAUGUGAAAGAAAGAAAGAAAUAAAUAAAUAAAAUACUCCCGCAUACGGUGAAUGUAGAGAAAACAAUAGAAUAAUUUAGAACACAGACAGAAAUUGUGAAGAUUAAUUAAGUCAUGCAUAAUAUUAAUUCUGGAUCACUCAGCUUGCAAUUUUUUUUUUUUUAAAUUUCAGGGUGAGAAAGAAAUUGUACUGAAUUUGACUAACUGAUCAAAUUCAUCAUAUUGACUUUAAGCAGUCUCUGAUUUAAGUUUUUUCUUUUUUUCACUUUUCCAAGCUGUGAUUACUUUGUAUUAGCAUGUUUAAAGAUAACUUACUAUUCAUUAAGUCUAUAAAUAAGCACGCACCAU